CCUUUCAGUUUGCCACCAACAAAACAGCAAAAUCACAGUGCAUCUCUCUUAAACAAACUUAUCCUAUUUACAAGAUGAGUUCAAGUAGCAGAGCGUGGAUCGUGGCAGCUAGUAUUGGAGCAGUGGAAGCAUUGAAAGACCAAGGCAUCUGCAGAUGGAACUACACUCUAAGGUCAGCCCUCCAGCAUGCCAAGAAUCAUCUCCGAUCGGCUUCUCAGGCUAGGACUCUCUCUUCUCAAUCCUCGGCUGCAAUUUCCAAAGGACUCAAGUCUAAACAAUCAGAAGAGUCUUUGCGGACGGUCAUGUACUUGAGUUGUUGGGGUCCCAACUGACCCUUUGACAAAAGAAAAAUAU